AUGGACUCAGGGGAGAUCAGGGCUACCCCCGCUCGCGCCGCCUUUUUGCGCCCAGGCAAGCCCGAGGAGUGCUACUUCUUCCAAGGCGACCAAUACAUUCGUAUGCUAAUCACCCCCGGCGCUACGAACGACAAACUUCUUUACGGACCUGCUAAAAUCAUGGACGAGUGGCCCUCCCUCAAGCAGGCUAGGUUCAACAGCAUCGAUGCGUGUCUCCCGAACCCCAAAGACGACUCCGAGGUCUACUUCUUCAGCGGCGACCAGUACUGCUUGAUCAAAGUCAUCCCGGAGAGCAGCAACGACAAAAUCAUCACCGGCCCGAAGAGCAUCGCUGAUUAUUGGCCUUCGCUGAAGAAGGCCGGGUUCACUACCCUCGAGGAAGUCUUCCCGAGCCCGCGUGGAGACGGAGAGACAUAUUGCUUCAAGGACAGCAAUUAUUGCCGCAUCAAGUUUGUUCCUGGCACCCUGGAUGAAAGUCUCAUGAAUGGUCCUACGGACAUUCAGGCUGGGUGGCCGUCGUUGAAGCAGGUCGGGUUCAGCAGCAUCGACGUUGCCGUAGUGAACUACAAAGACCCCUCUCAAGUCUACUGCUUCAAUGGCAACCAGUACGCCCGAAUCCACGUCGUACCUGGGACUUCCGAUGAUACAGUUAUUGAUGGCCCUCAUGAUGUCGCUUCGCGCUGGCCUGCAUUGAAGCAAGCUGGGUUCUAUUAG